AUGCCCUCCCCCUUCCUCACCCCAGGCGACCAAGCGCCCCUCGACUCCCUCGCCCUCCUCCACCUCCGCCGCGACCAAACCGUCCCGACCAUCCUGCGCGCGCACGACGACGAAGGCCUAGGCUACAACGAAGGCAAAGUAGUCAACACGCGGUUCGGCUCCUUCCCGCACAGCACCCUCUACCACAAACCAUGGGGUUCCCAAAUCGUCGCCUCAAAACAGAAACCCAAAGCCGCCGUCGCAGCCUCCAGCGGCUUCCUCCACCUCCUGUACCCGACCCCCGAGCUCUGGACCGCCUCCCUCCCGCACCGCACCCAAGUCGUCUACACCCCGGAUUACAGCUACAUCCUGCACAGACUGUGCGUGCGCCCAGGGAGCAGCGUGAUCGAAGCCGGCGCAGGUAGCGGAUCCUUCACGCACGCCGCCGUCCGCGCCGUCUUCAACGGCUAUCCCUCCGAACAACAGCCCGAACCCCAACAACAGCCUUCGAAAAAGCGCAAGCACGGCAAAGUGCACAGCUUCGAGUUCCACGCGCAACGCGCCUCUAAAGUCCGCGAAGAGAUCUCCGAGCACGGCCUGGACGGCCUGGUCGAAGUCACGCACCGAGACGUCUACGAGGACGGAUUCCUCCUCAACAGGGACGCUUCCACCGAUACGGACGAUGUAUCAACCUCCCCCAAAGCCAACGCCGUCUUCCUCGACCUUCCCGCCCCCUGGCUCGCCCUCCGCCACCUAACCCGCGAAUGCCGGCAACAGGAAACAGCAUCAGAGACAAAGACCGACAAAGGAGGAAUCCAAUCCGCCCUCGACCCUACCACCCCCGUCUACAUCUGCACCUUCUCCCCCUGCCUCGAGCAGUCCGAGCGCACCAUCAGCGCAAUGCGCCAGCUCGGCUGGCUGCAGAUCGAGAUGGUCGAGGUCAAUCACCGACGGAUAGAGGUCAAGCGGGAGAAGUACGGGUUGGAGUUUGAGGGGGCGCGCGGGGCGGUGGUGUUUCCGCGGACUGUCGACGAGGCUGUUGCUAAGACGCGGACGAUUGAGGAGCGCACGAGGCGGUUUAGGGAGGUUAUGAAGGAUAGGGAUGCGAGAGGGGACCAGCACCCUGUGGGUGGGUUGAUGCGCGAGCGCGAGGCGCUGGAGGGGGUCGAGCAAGGGAAGGUUGAAGGGGGGGGGGAAGAGGAUGGGGAGGAGAACGUCCCCGGUUAUAAACAAGGUCGACUCAUCCACCGCACCGAGCCCGAUCUGAAGACGCAUACGUCGUGGCUGGUGUUCGCUGUGCUGCCGCGUGAUUGGACGGAGGAGGAUGAGAAGCGGUGUCGGGAGAAGUGGCCUGCUCAGAGGGUGAUUGAGGAGGUGAAGCCUAAGGGGAAGAAGCAGUUGAAGAGGGAGGAGCGGGAGAGGAAGGAGAUGGAGAAGCAGUAG